AUGCAGGACCAUAAUGACAGAUUUCGCAACUACCGCAAGAACAUUGGUCGCAUCAUCGGCUCAAAGACGGCAGCGGCACAAUACGAUGCGCUCCAGGAAGCAGAAGUCGGUCAUUUCUUGCUACAUGUUCUUGAUCAUCCCGAAAAGCUCAGAGAUCACAUCAGACGGGAGGCUGGCUCGGUUAUUCUUAGAGUUGCGUACGGUUAUAACCCGGAACCAUUCAAGGACGACUAUCUCAUUGAUUUGGCCGGAGAAGCCAUGGACCAGUUCGCCCAAGCUGCUGUUCCUGGAGCCUUCUUGGUAGACAUCUUCCCUCUCUUACGUCAUGUUCCAGACUGGUUCCCGGGGGCCAAAUUCAAGCAAACUGCAAAGGAGUGGCAUUCCACGCUGAGAGGCGUAGCAGAGAAGCCUUACGCCUUUGUCAAGCAUCAAAUGGCUCAAGGAAAGGAUACGUCGUCUUUCGUCUCACAUCUUAUUGGAGACGGUGGCCUAACGCCUGAGGAGGAUUUCGUCACGAAGUGGUCAGCCGCGUCCUUGUACACGGGCGGAGCCGACACGACCGUCUCUUCGAUUGAUUGCUUCUUCCUGGCCAUGACUCUCUUCCCCGGACCUCAACAAAAAGCACAGGAAGAGAUUGACAGAGUCAUCGGCGCAAGCCGUCUUCCCCUUGCUUCUGACCGAUCGAAUCUGCCCUACACAGACGCUCUUGUGAAGGAACUCCUUCGCUGGCAACCCAUUGCUCCUAUGGGUCUACCCCAUGCAAGUUCUGAUGACGAUGUAGUCGAGGGAUACUUCAUUCCGAAGGAUGCACUGCUUCUGCCGAACAUUUGGCACUUCACUCAUGAUCCGGAGGUGUGGGACCAACCAGAUGAGUUUAGACCCGAACGCUUUCUUUCUGGCAAAGACCAGGAAUCCGCACUUGAUCCUCACAAAAUUGUCUUCGGCUUCGGUCGGCGGAUUUGCCCCGGACGCAUCCUUGCUGAUAAUGCACUAUUCAUCAAUGUUGCUCAAUCUCUGGCGGUCUUUGACAUCAGAAAACCUGUCGUUGAUGGAAAGGAAGUUGAUCCUACGGUCAAAAUGACGCCGGGAAUCUGA